UCGCUGAUUUUCAUAUUUUAAUUUCAUGUUGUUGCCGAUUUUAUCCUGUUUUAUAUAAGAAUGUCGUGAUUUUAUCCCAGUUUAGGAACAGAAGAAUUCUUUUAUUCUUAUUUAAUAUUCUUGGUUUUGCUAAUAUAUCUUAAAACUUUAGAUAUGGCGGAAGUUUCUUUGCUCAUCGACGGCCAGGUGUUUAAGGCGAAAAAAGAAGUUUUAUGCGAGCACAGCGAUUAUUUUCGCGCUAUGUUUAGCGGUAAUUAUGUGGAAAAUGACAAACAAGAAAUAUCCAUAAACAUGAUUGACGCUGACUCUAUGAAAAUAAUAUUGCAAUACAUGAACAUAGGUUUAAUUGAUCUUACAGAAUAUUCUUUAUCCACUAUUGGUGAGUUAGUAACUGCUGCAAACUUCUUACAAAUCACAGAGUUAAUUAGGCAGAUAGAGUAUACUUUGGAACUCCAAAUAUCACCAGCAAGCUGUAUGGAAAUCAUGAAUAUCGCACAGAGCUCAGCAUUUACUCAGAUAGAACAGCUAUCCGCCACAUGUGGUUUAUUCUCAUUUAAAUCCAUGAAGCCAGAGUAUAUUCCGAACUUAACCAAACUUUGCUGGUAUCUAUCACACCCAUAUUUAAAUGCUUCAAGUGAACUGGAUGUAUUUAACUUUGGUCAUAAGUGGCUUUUACAAAAUGAAACUGGUGGAGAUGCUUUGCUCAUUAUUCUUGGUUGUUUAGACAUUAAAAAGCUCAAUCUUUCUGAAAUAACACAGAUUAAAACUAGUAUAUCAGAAUACCAGAACAGCUUAGCUGCUAAAGUUGUUGACUGUCUUCACAAUUUGGCUGUUCUUGACAUGGAGUUGUCAGUAGUCUCAAUACAAUCGCAAGAAAAGAUGUUGACACAUACAUAUACAGAGAGAGUUUACAAUGAAAUAUUGAACAUGGUUAAGGAAAGCAGAUCUAGGUCUUUAACUUAUACGCCAACAGUGCCAGUGUGGGCAAUGAAGGACUCUAAGUUGGAGAUGGUACCACACCAUAUGUAUACAUUUAGGGAAAAAGUUGGUUUUGAGAACUGGCUGGAAGUUGCGGAGAAGAAUCUGUGGGGUUGGAGCGUUGUGGGUUGGGGGCUGACGAAGAUAGUGGUUGUUUGUGGUGAACAUGGGCGAGGCACAGGUUUAUUCAUGAAGGAUGUGAAAGUUUAUGAUGUGUUGAAGAAAGAGUGGGUUCGACAUGGAGUUGAAUUGCCGGCUCGGAGACAUGGAGGAGUAGCCAUUGCAGAGGAUUUCCUUUACCUUAUUGGAGGCGUAGGUGGGUUUAGGGUAACAUUGGACACUGCAGUGGUAUACGACUUGAAACGACGCUCACAUAGGAAGAUCGCCAAACUACCGGACGCCAUACAGAACCCGGCCGUGUGCGCUCACGAAGGCACCAUAUAUGCCGCGGGACACAACAAUAUAUACAAGUACGAGGAUUUGGGAGACACAGAUCGAUGGAUAACGGUAGUGGGCACACAGAUCCGAUCGAGCUGUAUGGUGUCGUUCAAGGGCUACAUUUACUGCACGCAGAGCUACUUCAGCCACCUUUACCGCUUUAGGCCCGGAGUGGACGACAGGCUCUAUGUGGUCACACAGUUUACUAAUCCACCGGCUACUUUUUGUAACUUAGGUAAUCGUCUACUAUUCUUCACUCGCUCAAUGUGCGGUCAAGCCGACGUCCUGAACGUAGAAGAAUACCUCGGAAAUAGCACAGAAGACAAGCCAAAAGUCAUCUGGCGACAGAGCGAGAGCGCGAUAAAGCUGAACGAUGUAGCAGGCUCCUGUUCAUUGGUGAUGUCUGUACCGCCAUUAUGGCCAGAUAGCUCGAAUUAUACUAAGAAGUAUUUAAAGAGGUAUGAAACACAGUGAAAAGUGACUGUUUAACGUUAAAGCUGUCAAAAUGUACAGUCACGUCUGAAAAUAUCAGUACGAAAAAUAUGCCAAAAAUAUGUAUAUAAAGGCAAUAAAGACGUGUAUACAUAUUUUUGGCACUUUUUUCGUAUCGAUAUUUUCAGACGUGACCGUACAUACAAUGAUAAGAAAAAAUGCAACUUUUAAUACAUGCCACUUGGAACUAGGCUAGGCUAUUCUCAGUUGCUCAUUUAAUAGUGUUAAUACUUACUUACUGCUAGCGACUGGAGCGAACGGCAGCAACAUUGCGCCUAAUAUUACUAGUGUAUCAGUAUACAUAUUGGAAUAUAUAUAGGGACCGUGCGCGUUGGAGGGUCUGCCAUCUUGUGGUCUGAAUUGGAACCAUAAACAGGGACAUUUACACGUCAAGUGUUUUCUUGUGCAUAGUAGAUUCUGCCAUCUUGUGGGCUACAUCGGAACAAAAAAAAUCACAUUUACGCCUCGCACCAAAAAUCUGACGGCUCCUGUGCUGCCUCCUAUAGUUCAUGCACGCUCCCUAUAGGCGUUAUUUGAAUUCAUAGUGUUAUGAUGUAGAUGCAGAUGGCGCUGUACGGCUCCGUACAUUUUGCAGCGCCACCCUCCUUAUCUGUCGAACGGGGAGUACCUUUUUUCUUAGACUUGUCGCUCUAUUCGUAAUGAAUUUUUGGUAUUCGUUUUUCGUUUAUAUAUUUCGUAUUUCGCAUUUUUUUUUAUUCGCCACUCGUACUUUAUUCUUGUUUGUGUUUUCGUCAUUAGUAAUGUCUCAUUACCUUCUUUGGUCAAAGUCUGAAACAUGUCUCCUCUAUUAAUAAAUCUUGUUCGUUUUUCGUCACGGUCUUCCCUAGACUCAUUUGUCGUCCAUUUUUUAUCUGACUUACUUAUUCGCCAAAAAUCUUUGACAUGUUCGUUUCUGGUCACAUUCGUAAUUAGUUUAUUUCGUGUUUGGUAGCAUUCUGAGUUUGUUACGUUCGUUUUUCGUCUCAGUCGCUAUUUGUGAUUAUUAUAAAUAAAUCCUUUUAUUAUUAUGAUAUCAUAUUAGAAUAUGAUUUCUAUAUGUAUGAAUGACUAUAUUAUUCUAUAUAAACGAACGAAAUAUUUAAACCUGAGAGUCUGAGACUGAAUGACAAAGGAAAUGAAUUAAAGUAUAAAUCACUUCGUAUUUUUUUUUCUUCUAUAUGCAUCUCUGUCGCUUGAAUAUGUAAGAGCGAUAGAGAGGUAAAUAAACUAUUUUGGAUAACGAUUGUGUCGAUGUUAAGAAUGGAAUAAACGGAUCUUGUGGGCUCAUAUUUGUGAUGACUGUUCUAGGUACUAAGUAAUAAAUAAAUAUUAAAGGACAAGUUUUGCACAGAUCCACUUAGUCCAACAGUUAGCUCAGUAAGACUUGUGCUGUGGGUACUGGGUUCUGGACGACGAUAUAUUCUAUCAGCUUAUUUUAUUUACAAUAACUGUAUACAUAACGGAUAUAUUAGAGCCUAAAUCAUCCUCGUCGCCAAUGUGUAAAAGGGGAACUACAUGGGAAAUACUUUCGGGAUAGCAGGAUAACAUUGAAAAUACGUGCUUGUAAAACAAUAUGUAAUCAAGGAAUGAAUAUCGAAAUAAUAGACACGUGUCAUGUCAAACCGAAGACUUAAUCAACCUACAUGCAUAAUACAACACAUAUAUUUAUUCAUUUAUUUAAACUUUAUUGCACAAAUUCGCAAAAAGAUUACAAAUGGCGGACUUAACGCCUUGAGGCAUUCUCUACCAGUCAACCAUUGGGCUAAACAUGUAACCGGAACUCAAUUUUUAACUCCUACGCUUACUCUGGUUAUAAUAUUAGCUGAAAAUCUUUGAGCAAUAGACUUAUUGUUUGCCGCGACAUCUAUGGUCGAUUAGCAGUACUGAGAGUUCCGCUGCUUGACGCUAGAUGUAGACUACGAAAAUAAUAGAAUUUUGGUAACAAAACCGUUGUAUGGAGUGAGCACUCUUGGUCUUCUUAAUUCUCUUUGCUCCACAGUGUUGACUGUGGAACACAUUGACCUAUCGUUGGGACGAUAUCUUGAUACUAUUUGUCAGCUCUCAAAAACUAAUGUAUAAUCUUAGAGGAUUUAACAAUUGGAGACACCUUAUCUGUAAUUUUCUGUACAAAACAGUCUGCCGAUUUUUGCGGGGAAGGGGCACGUCAAAACGUACAAAUAGCCGUGUCAGAUAACGUCAGCCCAUACAAUUCAUAUGGCUACUGGCCGAGGUUAGAGGGGUAGCUCUUAGAGGCGACUGUUAAAUUCGACAAGUGUGCAAUUCGCUACAGUCAUGCACAAAACAAAUAUGUACGCACAAACAUAAAAAUGUCUGGAAGUAUGUGUGUUUUUUAUGAUAUAGUAGACAAACGAGCAGACGAAUCGCCUAAUGGUAAGCGAUUACCGCCGCCCAUGGACUCCCGCAACAUCAGAAGGGUUGUAAAUGGGUUGGGGUCUUGGGGAGGAGCGCGCACUUAUAAAAUGGUUUAUCUCUAUGCGAUGAAAACAGUAACGUGUGACUUCUGUUCACAUAACAUUGUUCUUAGCAUGUUUGUAAAUUUAUGUAAAUAAAGAAAUAUAAACUUA